CGCACGUGGGAUGCCCGCGGCCGGAUGCCCUGCGUCCGCACCCUCCUCGGCCUCCUGGCGGCCCUGGCGGCCUGUGGCGCUGUCGCCUUCCUGGGCUACUGUGUCUACUUCGACCGGAAGCGGCGUGGCGACCCCGCGUUCAAGCGUCGUCUGCGGGACAAAAGAAGAGCCCAGGAGAAAAAGGCUGAGGGACAGGGCGCUCAGUUGUGGGAUCCAAAAAUGAAUGAAAAAUUGCAAGAACUUUUUCUGCAAGAGGUACAAAUGGGAGAGCUUUGGUUAUCGAGAGCUCCAAUGGUUAUAGAGGCCAGUUUAUAUUGCAAUCUUGGAAGUGGGCAGAUGGAGAAGCCAAGCCAAAUACAAGAAUACCUCAUUAAUUGUCAGGAGAGCACAGAAUGGGGAUUGAACAUCUCAGCAAUGCCCUUUUAAUGUGUGGGCAACCACAGGAACUGCUGAAGGUUUUUAAACACACACUCCCUCCCAAGGUGUUUGAGAUGCUAUUACACAAAAUUCCCCUUAUUUGCCAGGUGAGCAAAUAUUUCAUUAUUUUUGGGACAUGAACAUAAUAAAUGACCAUGUUGGGCUUGAUUACAUAGAAAUAGCUAAGUUUGUGUGUGAAUGGCCUAAAGUUUUAAAUGAGUAAAAUCUCUGAAGUUUUGGUUGUUUUUCUUGCCUUAAGAUGAAACAAGCCAAUUCAUGUUGCUUUGACUAUAAUGAAUUGUAUAUUUUGUUGAAUAUUAUACAUGUGUCAACAGUUCUUUUUUUUUUUUUUUUUUUGGAAAGCCUUGAAUUAAAAACUUUUAUUUUUCACAUUGGGACAUAGUGAGCACCUCAGUUCAAUAUUUGUAUGUGUGUAUGUUUGUCUGUUUGUAAAACUACUUAUUCUGUUCCAAGGAAAAAGUCUUUCCUUAGAGAAUCAUACAUACAAUAAAUGACAUACUUUCUGGAUAGAAUGUAUAUAUUUCAACAGUUCAUUUUUAAAGAUAGCAUUGUUAAUAUUUUGUUGGUCUUUGUACUUUCAAAGAUACCACAGUGAUUGACUGUGAUGUCUACAGAGGCCUUUAAGUUAAAUAGUAUUGUUAAUUAAAUGACCUAAUGGCUUAAAAAUUAGAUGUAACAUAGAAAGCAGUAAAUUAUCAAAGCAGAACACUUCUACUUUCCAUUAAUAGGACAAAACAUAGAAAUCACUUUGUUUUACACUAUAUGUAAAUUUAAACAUAUAGACUGAUUAGUGUUCUCUUAAGUACAAGUUUAGAUUGGUAUCAAAUGAAAUCCACUUGUAAGCUGAUUGAUUGAUAGGUAUUAUUCUACUUACAUUUACCAAACUGCUUGGUUUGACUCUGCAUCAAUUAGAAUUUCCUGAAAAAUGCUUGGAUUUAUUUUAGGAUUCAUUUAGCCAUAAGACACUACUUUAACUUUGGUUGACUUUUUAUUACACUGAUCACAUGUCACAGCUGAGAAUACACUGUGUAUUGUUGGCCUGACUCAGAAUCAUUCAUGUCAGCUUUUGAACAAAACACAAAACAACACAGACUCCACUAGAGCAAAUAGUCUACUCUUAAACAGUCCCAAAUUAGUCUCAGCU